UUCAGUUAGUCAGUUGAAAAGCGGUUGCUCCACCGAUAUGUUUGCACCGGGGCGAUGGCUUCUCCCGAUGUUCUGGCUGAUUUCGAAUGCGAUCUGCUGGAUACGUGGAGCGCGAAUUCUCCUCAUCGCCCCCUUCGAGUCGCAUUCGCAGUGUAUGCUAAUGACACCCUAUAUAGAGGCCCUAAGCAAUCGGGGUCACCAGCUGACUGUGAUUCAUGCGUAUAAACACUGCAAGCUCAUUGAAAAUGUUACCUUCAUACGUAUAAGGGAUAAUUAUAACGUUUACUCAGAUUUUGAAGAGUUCAUGGGAAUCGGUUCUACGACUAGCAAGUGGGCAGAAAUGAAUUCUAUGACCAGAAUAAUGGUAAAUUGUUCGCUUAAUAUACUCAAUAAUUUCGAAGUUCGAUCCUUAAUGAAAUCGAAUGUCACAUUUGACUUGGUGGUCUUGGAACCGGGCUUUACCGACCUGCUUUUCGGGUUAGCAGCUUAUUUCGAUGCCCCACUGAUCGGACUUUACACAUGUGUAUCUGAUUGGAAUACAUAUAACAUGGUGGGACAUGUAACGUCCAUCUUGGAGGAGCCAAUAAUGCCCUUAGGCUUAAAAUCUGUGCGAAAUCUUUGGGAUCGCAUCUACAAUUGGUUUUACACCACCGAAGAGUGGCUGUUGAUACAUUUAGUUUUCCUACCGAAACUGCGCUUCGUUUAUGAUCACUUCUUUGGGCACCUGGAGCAGAGCUUUAUGGAGAUCCGGCACAACUUUUCACUAAUUCUGCUGAAUCAACACUUUAGCUUGUUUAAGGCCAGGUCUACUGUUCCCUCCCUGAUUGAAGUGGCUGGCUUUCAUAUCCCCAAAGUGGAUCCAAAACUUCCUGAUGAUCUUCAGGUAUUCAUCGAUGAGGCAGAACAUGGUGCAAUCUACUUUGCUUUGGGUAUGGAGCAGGAGAGUAAGGACUUGCCGGAGGAAACACAAAACGUUUUGCUAGAGAGUUUCAAAUCGAUGUCACAAAGAGUUAUUUGGAAGUUUGAGGGUGAACCCCCAAGGAGCUUAGCUAGUAACAUCUAUAUAUCCAAAUUUUUACCACAGCAAGCCAUUUUGGCUCACCCAAAUGUAAAGCUUUUCAUAAGUCAUGGUGGAAUGCUGAGCAUAAUUGAGGCUGCCUAUUAUGCGAAACCUGUUCUGGGUAUGCCUUUGUUCUUCGAUCAAUUCAGGAAUUUGGAAGUCCUGGAGGAAGAAGGUGCAGCCCUGCAGUUAAACAUUAACAGCGUGACAGGAAAGGAACUGAAAAAUACUGUGAAUCGCCUGGUAAACCAACCAAAAUACCGAGAAAAUGCCUUGGCUGUUUCUCAAAGAUUUCGGGAUCAGCCCAUGCAUCCCUUGGAAACGGCCAUAUAUUGGACCGAAUACGUCAUACGCUACAAGGGAGCCAAUCAUAUGAAAGUAUCUCAAUCUCAGGUGAAGCUGUUCGAAUACUAUUCCAUGGACAAGUUCUUGAUGGUCGGAGUACGGUUAUCCCUUGUAGUGGGUAUCGUUUUUUUGGCUCUUACUAAAGGAAGAUGUUGCUUAAAUUAUUUGAUCAAAUUUUUCAAGCCAGUUUUGCCCGUUAUUGGCAUUCAACGUAAUAUCGAUGUGAUAAGUUAAAGAAUUUGUAUGCUUAAGUGCUGUUGU